AUGCAAACCUUGGGUAACAACACAGACCACAACUGCAGCACUCCAUAUGAAGAGAACCGCAUUCCUCUUGUUGUUAUGUACAGUAUAGUCAUUGUAGUAGGUAUGCCUGCCAAUCUGAUUACAGUCUACCUUACCUUUCGUCAGAUCCAGCGUAAGAAUGUUCUGGGGAUCUACCUAUUUAGCUUGUCAGUCUGCGAUCUGAUGUAUCUUAGCACUUUGCCAUUGUGGGCCAUUUAUGUAGACAAUGGUCAUGUCUGGCAUUGGAGCUCUCUGGCUUGUAAAAUUACAGGCUAUUUAUUCUUCAAUAAUAUGUAUAUAAGUAUCUUCCUGCUCUGCUGUGUGUCACUGGAUCGCUAUGUGGCAGUGGUCUAUGCAGUGGAGUCUCGUGGACUGAGAAAAUCCAAACUAGCCUUAAUUAUCACAGUUGUGAUCGUGAUUAUUGUUGCAUUGACUCAUCUACCAGUGUUUACCAUGUCAGAGGGUGAUGUAGAUAAUAUGGAGCAGAAACGCUGCUUUGAGCCGGGACAGAACUCAUUCAUGGUGACAUUUUUCAACUAUGGCCGCUUCCUCAUGGGGUUCCUCCUCCCGUUCUGUGUGCUGGUCUUCACCAACCACGCCAUUUUCGUCAAUGUGAAGGCCAGUGCGGGGUUGAUGGAGCGACAGAAAGAUAAAGUGCGGUAUUUGGCGCUAGCAGUCAUUCUGUUGUUUGUCGUCUGCUUUGCUCCAUACCAUGUCAUCCUGUUGGUCAGGGCAAUCAGUUAUAACCUGUCCCUAGAGGAGUGUCACUUUGAAAAGAGUGUUUACACUCCUUACACCAUUUCCUUGGGCCUGUCCACCAUCAACAGUGCAAUGAACCCUGUACUGUAUGUGCUGGCCAGCGAUAACAUCCGCAAAGAGAUCCGGAGAAAUCUGGCCAGUCUGCGCAGCGGCAGUGUCGCGGGCCAUAGCACCAAAAACUCAUCAGAGGUGCGCAACCCAAAAACGUGA